AUUCAGAAAGUGUGUUGAAAUGCUCCGAUUUUAGUAAUGGAAAGAAUGGGCCUCACUCUCAUGAAUUGAGCAUCUCUCUUCACGAACACCACCAUUUCUCUCACUUCAUCGAAGUCUACAAAUCUCCACACAUACAUAAUAUAGAUAUACACUACCUUGAAUUUUAAUGUCGUUGUGUUAGAGAAACAAUUUUCUUCUUUGAUAAUUCUUGUGAUUUCAAGGGUCAUAUGGAUGAAAUGUAUGGCUUUCAUUCGACGUCUGACUAUGCAGACGAGGCGUUGAUGUCACCGGAGAAUCUGAUAAUACCGGCGGAGUAUCAUCAGCAAUACUAUAGCCUUAUCUCAUCAUCAGUUGAUCAUGAACAUCAUCGAACAGGAAUGGUUGGAUCCGAUGAUUUUGCUGGAAGUGGUUUCCAGUAUUCUGUGGUAUCAGAUGUGGCGUCUGUUAAUAUUCAGAGGGAAACAGGCCCUGGGGAUGAUCAGGAUGAACAGGGUUCGAGCUUGAUCAAGACUAAAAUUGCUUCUCAUCCAUCAUACCCCAAGUUGCUUGAUGCUUAUAUCGAUUGCCAAAAGGUUGGGGCACCCCCAGAAAUAGCAUGUUUACUGGAUGAAAUCAGACGAGAAAAGGACUUCUGUAAUCGAGAUGGAACUUCUACAUGCCUCGGAGUGGAUCCUGAGCUCGACGAAUUUAUGGAAACCUACUGCGAAACAUUGGUGAAGUACAAGUCGGAUCUAUCAAGGCCUUUUGAUGAAGCAACGUCGUUCCUCAACAAUAUUGAAACACAACUGGGCAAUCUUUGCAAAGAUGAUGGUGGUCUAUCCUCAGACGAGGAGUUCAGUGGAGGAGAAACAGAAGUGCAAGACACACAGGCUAAAAGUGAUAAUCAGGAGCUCAAGGAUAGACUCUUGGAAAAGUACGGUAAUCAUAUAAGUAGCCUAAAGCUAGAAUUUUCAAAGAAGAAAAAGAAAGGAAAGCUACCGAAAGAGGCAAGGCAAACAUUGCUUGAAUGGUGGAAGGUUCACGAUAAAUGGCCCUAUCCAACGGAAGCUGAUAAAAUCUCUCUGUCCGAAUCAACUGGUUUGGACCAGAAGCAAAUCAACAACUGGUUUAUAAAUCAAAGGAAGAGGCACUGGAAGCCAUCAGAAAACAUGCAGUUGGCUGUAAUGAAUAGUCUUUCUGGCCCAUUUUUCUCUGAAGACUGAGCAAAACAUGCCCAUUGAACUGAAAAUAUUACUGGAUUCUAAUGUUUGGCUCAUGUAUAUUUUUAGAUCAAGUUAUUACCAGAUUACUGGAUAGAAAUGUUAUGCAUUUGUAUAAUUUAAUACUUGGGGAAAAGACUUUAGUAUUUAUUGAUGAAGUUCAAUAUUGAGGCUUGCAAUAUUUUUUA